CGAGGCUCAAAACUGAUCGCGCGCGAACAGCGGCAGCCCUGCAGUUCUGAGGUAAACACAAAAACUGCGUUUUCGCUUCGGAUGGAUCCUCUCAGAACUCGGUUUUAAAGCGAUGGACAUGUUAGAACAAAAGGAAUAUCAACAUUUCGAGAGAGAGGCAUGCUACUACUACCUCACUAACUUUCCUCAAAGACAAGAGUCAGGAUGCUACAGUGAGGUGAAUAUCUUGGGUCUCAGUGAGGUCACUGUCAAAUCUGUCUCUAUGAAACUGCGGCGCAAAUCAGUCCAGAGAGCUCGACCGCAACAGCGAGAACCUGUGAAGGUCUCCAAGAGCAUCUCUGUGGUGUUGAGUGACACUGACUCUAGCCAGUCAGACAGUGUUGAAGAAAUAAAAGACCAUGCAUCUGUUAUUCAUGAUAUGAAGCGUCCAAUACAGAAGAGUAGAGCUGGUGCAUCAUGCCGAUUGAGUAAAGAUGACUCUAUGAUACUGCGGGGCAAAACAGUCCAGAGAGGUCGACAGCAACAGGGAGAACAUAAGGUCUCCGAAAACAUCUCUGUGGUGUUGAGUGACACUGACUCUAGCCAAUCAGACAGUGUUGAAGACAUAAAAGACCAUGUGUCUGUUCUUCGUGAUAUGAAGCGUCCAAUAAAGAAGUGUAGAACUGGUGCAUCAUGCCGAUUGAGUAAAGAAGAUGAGAGGCUGCUUUCCAUUGUGGAACCACAAUAUGGAACGGUUCAGAAGAUCUCCCUGGCUCCAGGUGCAAUGGCUGAGGACACUCUUGGUAAACUCAGGUUGAUGGCUAACACCUCUGACUCCGAGCCGAGGCCUAGAAGCCCUGUUGAGUCUCGAGGUGAGUCUGUAUUGGAUGAAUCCAGUACUGAUCUCAUGGUGGAAUCGGGUCCCAGCUCGCCCUGUGGUCCUGUUGUUACCGUAAGAUGCAAAGAAUGCGAGAGUCUUUUCGCCAAGAUGAGAAGACAGCCAACCCCCCAAAAAAAGAGCAGAGAUAGGAAUCCAGCAUCUUUAUCUUGUGAUGAGUGGAUUCUGCUUAAGAAGUGGCACCCUCAGAGACGCCGUCAUCGGGAGAAGGGAUUAUUGUGGACAAGCCUGACUCGCAUCAGGAAGCUGUCAGCGCAAGGCUCAGAUUCUGCAGCCAUCAACAGAAAUCAAGUGAACUGCUCCAGACCUCAUGUGUUUCAGCAGAGGAGUUUGCGUCGCUGCAAGUAUCUAAACUCCAUUCAGACUGACCUGUCUAUUACCAAAGCAAAGCCACGGCAUCGUAAGAGGCCACGAGCUGUGGUCUGGCCACCCGUUGGAGGGUGGAACUCUUCGGUGAAAAGAAAGUCUUCUUCCAUAAACGACACAUUAUCUCAGCAGCUUUCUCCACUCAACCUCAGUGUCAGUGUGACACAGGAGGACAGACUGCUUGUAGAUGAGAAGAUUUCAGGAUUAAAUGCAGAUCUCAAGCAAAACUCAGAUGCCUCCAGCAAACAGAGGAGGACUAAUGUCCGGGGCAAAUUGAACGAGCAGGAAGUGUCUGAUGGCAUAGACGGAACGCGGCGGGUGCUGAAGUUUGAUGAUACGACUGAAACUGUUGCUGUGGAAACUGCGGAACAAAGGAAAAGCCCUCGGCAGCAGCAUGAACAUGGAGAGAUUUGUGAAGCCCAGAAAGGUUUCCAGAAUGAGCAGCAGGAAAAGUUGUCUGAGGAUUUGGAUGGGUUCAGGACACCCACAGAUCUCUUCAGCGUGAAGCCUAAGAUUAAACGAGGGAACAAGAAGAAAGUCUCUGCCUCUGGUGAUACAAAACCUGCCGUACAGAAGACAAACUUCAUGUCUAUGUUAGCCACACUGGUGAAAAAACAGAACCAGAUUAUUAAGGAGCCCUGCAAAUAAGCGUCAAUGGGAGUUUUGCAAUUAGUUCUGUUAGUUGUUUUAAUUGAAGAGACAUGCAUCGCUGCUAUCAAGAUUUGUUUCCUCUGUUACUUUUAAUUAAUAGAUCUGA